AUGUUUUCCCAGGAGUUAAGCUCACACAAUCUAUCAUGUCACAGGAGGAACCUCACGGAUCUGUCUAACGACCAACUCUCUCCGCCAGCAGUCACCUAUCCGUCGACGCUGAUGGACUCCGUUUCGCCUAUCUUCCAACAGGGGAUUCCAAUUCGGGACUCCUCGUGGCCCGUGGAUAGUCAGGUCUCUGCUAUGCAUGGUGACUCUGAACCAACUCGAGCACUCCCGGUCUCGCUUCAUCCGCAGAUCUCAGCGACUUCGUUAAGUUCUAGCGCGAGCUUACCCAGUGUUCUGAUUAACCCGGAGUCUUCCUUGUCUGGAGUCGUCGAUCAGCCCUCUCUUGAGGGGUUGCCUCGUGCAACAGAGCAGUUCAGGGUUAUAAUCCCUCGCAAAGGCUUUGGAAUCACGUCCUACCAUAUGUCCGUCGCAUCAGAUGCGUACCUUGCCGGCCUAACGCAGCCGAACGAUCAGAACUAUGUGUGGGCGAGCCUUCGCUUUCAGCCAUUGCAGCCACUGUCGGGGCACCUGAGUCAACAUUUCCCACACCCCCAAUCAUCUCUCUCCUCCGGCUUCUCAGCUCACUACAAUGGCCAGUCAAACGGUGUGAUGUACAGUUACCCGCCCCAUGGUUACCAGGUCCCUUACCUGGCCGCGAAGCAAGACAAUGCCUUCCCACAGAAUCAAUCUCAAAGCCCAUCGCUAGCUCGGCCGCUUCGCCCUGACUCUACUCCUGGCACUCCCCCUUUAUCCGAGCAACCCCUGAUGAUCUCCUCUUCGUCCAAUCAACUCGCCUACAAUCUCCUCGAUGCACCCUUCAUUCCCUCCUCACACCUAUCGUCCAAGUCCAUUAGCUUGCAAUCACCUUCACUAGUCUCCAAUGAAACGGUAUAUCCGUCGCCAGAAUCGGUGCCUACCACCUCAGAGUCGGAACACCAGAUUCGAGUAAUUAGUUCGCGAUCGCGACUGCAAUGCUGGGACCACGGCUGCAACGGCCGGGAGUUCUCGACUUUCGGCAACCUGCUGCGUCACCAGCGCGAGCAGUCCGGCUUGGUGGUUAAAGCCGAAUGCCCCACUUGCGGCACCACUUUCACUCGCACCACGGCGCGCAAGAUCCAUGUUGCGCAGGAAAAAUGCAAGAGUGGAGGCUGGGAAUCGUCAGCUGAGUAG